AUGCUUACAGCAGUACAUGCCGGGUACUCGCUCGCAGAGGACAAAGGGGCAUCCAGCUUUGGAGAGAAAUGGAGCCCGGACAUGCCAGCGGGCGAGGGAAGCAGAAGCAGAGAGUACGGCCUCAGGACCGUAGAGAAAGAGAGCCGGGGAAGCGGCGGUGGGGGGGAAGAAACGACGACCGGGCACUGCUGUAGAAGCGAAUAGGGCGGCCGAGGCAGCACUUGUGGCGACCUAUGUACCUGGCUGAUGCUGUUGCGCCCUGUUUCCCUCCCUGCUGUAUGAAAUACUCCUUCAUGUAUGUCCUUUGUAUUGCCUUCGGCCUCUGUGCUGUGUUUCUGUGGGGUUUUUUUCAUGACCUCCCUGCCUACUCUGCUGUGUUGGGUACCGUGAUCUCGCUUUGCUGUUGCCUUUGUUUUUGUACGCCUGGCUGUCUGCCCAUCUGCCGCCUAUUUGUCCUGUUGGCUCCGUUACUCCCAUGCCCUGGUGCGUAGUGCCUGGUGCUGGUACGUUACCCUUUGAUUUUUCUUUGGGCGGGUGUGGGAAGCGUCCUCCUUUGUUUUUGUUUUUGUUAUAUUUUGAUCGGUUUCCGAGGGCUCUCUUCUCGAACGGUCGGUGCGAUACCUGUUCUUUUCUUUCCGUCAUUUUGUUUUCUUGUUCCGAGUGGUUUGUACCCUAUUUUUGUUUUGUUUCCCCGCGGCGUCGUAUGUGCCUGGUUUUGAGACCACGGGCUCCACAUUUCUUGUGGACUCUUAAUGUGAGAAACAACAACAAACAACAAUACUUGCGGAAACGCCCGUACCGGUCUCGGGAAAAACAUGUUAACAUACGGUGCACUGCUGUGUUUGCCACCACACACACCGUGCGCUACGGAAUGCCUUCAACAAGACACAAGUUCCUACCUCGUGAGAUAGGUUUGAAGCUCUCGGAUGAGAUCGUCAGUGACGAGCGAUACACAGUCGGCGCGCUUCCGACCUUCGCAGAGAGCCUUGAUUCGACGGCGAGAUUCGCGCUGCGCCUGGCGCAUGGACAGCACGUCUUCGUCGCUGGGGUUAUAGAUCUCAUCGCUGUCGAACUCCCCUACCAGCUUUGCCUCUCGCUGUUGCCGCCCUGCAACAAGGGCGGCAAUGCGCUCCUGCUCCAAACGGGCCUACCCAGUUCGAAUAAAACAAGAAGAGUGAGACUGCUGCGCAAGCACGAUUUCUGUAUCACACAGAACAGCUGGAUAAUAUGUUCAAAGAAUUCGAGACGACGAGAAAUUCUACAAAGAGUAUGCAUAGUCUACAUAGUCUAUUCGAGAAACAACGAGGUUGUAAUUUAUUUAGGUGAACCACAAUGCACGUUUACCUGGUGCGGUCUUGUCGGCUUUGGCUCGACACGAGAUCGGAAAAUACCGCAAGUGUUCUCAAUUCUCAGGUUGUUUGCCCGAGCUAAUGGCCUCGUCUCCGAUCACACAUUGAAGAUGUGCUGUUGUUUAAAGUAGGUAUUAGUCCACCACAAGUUGCCUAGGCUCUACAGUCUACGAGAACUAAAACUAUCGACUUUGUAGGCUACACGAUGACUAUUGUACAUGUAUGUUGUAGACGACCGAGACUGCUGCUGCUGUCUGACCGCCGUUAGACUACAAGUUUUCGCAGGAAAAUAUUCCCUCCCGAAACGUGCGCACGAUACAGCUGUGAUUCUUCCUUACAUGACGCCAGUGACAACAGUACCACUCGACACGCAAGGGCGCGUGUGCGCGCGUGUCAGUGAACGAUGUACGUGCGUGCUGUCAUGGCCUACUCGCAGGGCUGGAAAGAUCGUAUCCACUCGCACCAGUUCGGCUUCGUUGGGGGCCUCUUUCGCCAAGGCAUCGAGGUUGCUGAAGAAAUCCGCCACCAGACGCUUCGCGCGCCUGAUCCUGGUCCUGUUGUACUGGCCAAGGUCGGCCGCAUCCAUUGCGAUUCACAAGUAAGACACCGGGACGCUGGUGGACCUGCCCGGCUGCCGUUGGCCGGUGGAUUGAUUGUGUGUGUGUAUGCCACACACGACCCACGACCCCCCCCCCUCCACUUCCCCCCUAAGUUGUCUCUUCUCCAUCCAGCGAGCCCCGAACCCACCUCUCUCUGGUUGACGGUUGACCAUGGGAUGUGUGCGCACACGCACCUGUGCGCGCGGCUGGUGAGAAGUAGGACCUGCCGGAUCCUUUUGGAUUUCCCGCUGAGCGUCCUCUCGAAAGCACCGAGUCCGGCGGAUCGCUGCGCCAACUUCUUCAACGUGCGUGGACGGUGUGCGGGCAAACUUUUGGGGGUAGUUCUUGGAAGCAACAGGAAGCAACCGCGCAGUGACCCACACAAGGGUACAUCAGUUGACAGCAGCCUCGACGAAGCAGCCUUGCGACGGUUUCCAGAAUCAGUGCCAUUCAACCUUGGCCAAGGAGGGGGGGUUGCACCGGGAGCAGUGGUGAUCAGAAGCUGGGGAGGAAGGAGGGAGAGAAUAAGGAACAACCGCACCUUCAACCUGCAAAACCAGCAGCUACAAGGGCUUCGAAACGUCGAGAGAGAAAGAGGCAGCUACGGGUUAGGGUUACAGACCCACAGCAGCCCGGUCUCCCGGAGGGAGAGAAGCCGGCUACAGGAUUAGCCAAUCGGGAGCACGCUGUGCAGGCGCGGGGGCGGGUGGCGGAGGACCUAGACCAGGCAGGACUCGACGAUACACAUACCCCAGCGCGUGACCCUUUCUCUUCUCAGCGAGCGUCUUCCCUACACCGCCGCAUUUUGAGGGUGUAUCCUCUUGGUGUCAACAAGGGAAUUUGCUGAGUCCGCGCUGCGGUUGGGUCUUGCAAGAGCAGAGCGAUCCACAUGGGCAGCACUGCUGCUGACGCCCUUGGUUCAAUCUUCCGUCACCCGAGUGCGUUCACGGAACCUCCGUCUUGCCAAAGGCGUACCAUCCGUUGCUUGGCACACACCCUACUUCCCAUGCUUUAGUGUGGAUUUGUGUGUCUCCAGACGCCAUUUGCGUCGAUCCAGCUUGUGUCCGCCGCGUGCUGUGUGGACAACGAGUACGUAAUUCGAGAGGGCAGCAUUCUAUCCACCUGCCGUACGCAUACAUAGAAUCGUGAACGCUUCUCGAUGUCAUUAUCCACAGGGACUCACAAACCUGACACGAAGGGAUCUAUCGUGGGUACAGCAGUAGUAGAUGAUGCAUUCGGUUUACUUGGUUUUCGCUGCGAAGGGCUCUCAUGCUUUCAUGUCGCAGCAAGCGCUGCUGUGCUGAGGAUUUUCGCGUGGGCCGAGCAGCACAUGCGACUUAAGUAAGUCGUUUUUGCCUACCAUAGAUCUACAGCAGUAAAUAUCACCGAUGUGAUGCCUAAUAUCACCUCCCGUCGAGCGUCUCGUACGAAAAGUGUGGCCCUGUGCUCUCGUUAACCCCUUUGGGUCUAGCUCUUUUUUUUUUUGCGGCAAAAAAAGGGGGGGGGAGGAGAGUGCGGGGAGAGACAGAAGUACAGCAGAGAAGACGAGUGUACUUCUGUAGACGCAACAGCUGUCUCCACCCAUAGGCCAUGAGGGCUGCCCGCGACAGGACGGUGGACACAGCCAGGAUCAUAGAAGGGUUGAUGUGGUUGCGAUGCGGCCAGUAGCGCAGUUUUAGGCUUGUAGAACUCGAAAAGAUCAUUCAAGCCGCCUGAACUUCUCUAUGUUCAGUAUAUUCAAAUCAUCAACAAAAAUAAUCAGUGAAAAUGAUCAGUGAGAGGGCUUGUAGACCCAUAGCUGGUUCUUUACUUGUGUGCUUCUCUUUCCCCUCCCCAAUGUGAGCCCUGCCGGCUCACUACAGCUCCUGUGAUUUUCCCAUGAUUCCCACAAGCACGCAAGCACACACCAGCACACACCUACCUUUGCACUAGUGGCUCUCUGGGUUCGGCCGAGGGUAUGUGUGGGGCUAUGCUGAUAGUGUAUGUGUUACUACCUACUGCUGUAUGUUGGACUCUAUACGGCUGCUGCUGUGUAGAAUAGCCGCAGACAUGAUGACUGUACUGGAUCUUGGGAGUGUACGAUUUUCGAAUUGGAAGCAUAUGCAGCAUACCACGAUAUCCUGGCCUGUUUGGGCUUGAAGUGCCCCUUUUCGCUGUCCUCCUGUCUUUGCUUUAUUGGCUUCCUAGGUUCGGGCGAGGGCGUGCAUGUGGAGCUUUUGAUGUGUGUCUGUGAAAGGAUAUGGGGAGAGAUCCAUGGUGGUAUUGUUCGCAUUUAGAGCAGUGUGCAUUUUUCUAGUUUUGGCCGUUUCCAGGGACCUUGAUAUUUCCCGCUGGCACUAACGUCUUUUCAUUGGCCACCGGGUAGCGCGGUCGAUGCGAAUAAUAAAGACACACCUACCUACUGACUUGCCAACACCUGGCGUGGAGGGAUACAGGGCGGCAACUCCAUGGCAUGCCACAACAUCAGCAUUUACAAACAAAUGACCAUUCAAUGAUCUGUCAGGACGCCUGUAGACCCA